GCAGUGUGUGAAUGUGGCAACCGAGGUAGACAGGGAGGGGUAGACAGACUGACCAGACCAGGUUUUUUCGUUGCCUUUUGUCUUUAUUUAGCUUUUCUCACAGAACCAAGUGUUUGCCAUCUACCGUACGCCACGGCGGUGAACUUGUUUGUAGACCAGAAAACCCGGCCGCAGCUGUUUUUCUUUGGGACUAACCAUUAUCGUUGUGAAAACAGCCCAGAAGAAAGAAGGAAAGGCAGGAACAACAUGGGGCGAUAAUAAUAAUAAAAAAAAGGUGUUGUGAACCGACGAUGACUCUCUGGGAGGAUCCGUGAAGCUUAUUUAUUUUUAUUUAUUCCCCCUCUUCCCUUUUCCCUGGUGCCCUUUUUUUGUGUUUUAUUUUUACAUUUUCUCCCGCCUUGCUACUUUGGGAGUUUUUUUUUUUUUUAAGGAAAAGGCAACGGGAUACGUUACAAGAGGACUUAAGGAUGGACCAAGCCGGCAUCCUGAGAAAGUUUAUCCAGGGGGUGAAGGCCAUGAGAGAGGGGGACGAGGAGAGGGGAGAGGACAACUUCGGCAGCGACUUUAUGCGGUUACGACGGUUAUCAACUAAAUACCGGACGGAGAGGAUCUACCCCACCAACGUAGGCGAGAAGGAGGAGAAUGUCAAGAAAAACAGAUAUAAAGAUAUUCUGCCAUUUGAUCACAGCAGGGUGAAGCUGACGUUAAAAACGAGCAACCAAGACACAGAUUACGUCAAUGCUAACUUCAUCAAGGGUAUAGAUGGCCCAGAGGCCUACAUUGCUACUCAGGGCCCCUUGCUGAACACUGUCGUGGACUUCUGGAGGAUGAACUGGGAGUACAAUGUAGCUGUUAUUGUGAUGGCUUGUCGAGAGUUUGAGAUGGGAAGGAAAAAGUGUGAGCGGUAUUUCCCGAUGCACGGGGAGCAGCCCAUGAGUUUUGGCCCUUUCAGAAUCUCCUGUGAAUCUGAGCAGGCCAGAACAGACUACUUUAUCAGGACUUUGACGGUGCAAUAUGAGAAUGAAACUCGGAGGAUAACACAGUUCCAUUAUAUGAACUGGCCGGAUCACGACGUCCCCUCAUCGUUUGACUCCAUACUGGAUAUGAUCGCUCUAAUGAGAGAAUACCAAGAGAAUGAUGAUGUCCCUAUAUGUGUGCACUGCAGUGCAGGCUGUGGAAGGACGGGCGCUAUCUGUGCUAUCGACUACACAUGGAACCUCCUCAAAGCUGGGAAAAUACCAGAAGAUUUUAAUGUUUUUCGGUUGAUACAAGAGAUGAGGACGCAACGACACUCUGCUGUUCAGACCAAGGAGCAGUAUGAGUUAGUUCAUCGAGCGAUUGCCCAGCUCUUUGAGAAACAACUGCAGCAACUGGAGAGCUGCACCAACACGCAGAUCCACGAUGGCAUGGAUGAAAGCAGUCCAAAUAAAGCAGGCCAACAUUCAAAUGAUGAGAGAUGGGACACGCCGCCUCCAAAGCCUCCCCGCAUACGCAGUUCUCAGGCAGAAGGUGACGUAAAAGAGGAGAUACUCCAGCCCCCAGAGCCUCACCCUGUACCCCCCAUUCUGACCCCAUCGCCCCCUUCGGCCUUCCCCACCGUCACCAAUGUACGGCAGGACAAUGACCGCUACCACCCCAAACCUGUCAUACACGUCCUGGCUACCACGCAGACGCAGAAUAAAGAAGUGGAUAAGCAUCAGAACCAGUCAGAACCCAGUCCAAACAAGCAGACAAGUCACACAGAGCAGAAAGACCAAGAUCUACUAAGUCAAAAACGGCAGACUCAGGUCUCAAAUCUAGAUCUCAAUGACAACUAUAACAACAAAUUGUCUUCAUCGACAAAACCCGAAUCGGGCCAAGGCCAGACGUCCUCCUCGCCCCUCUCCCCAGCCGUUGAAUGUUCUGGUGCUCCUCGGAUCGAGAGGAAGCUGAGCAUUGAGAUUAAAAAGGUGCCGCUACAGGAAGGACCACGUAGUUUUGACACUUCCUCCUCCAUCGGAGUAGCAGCCGGAAUAGGCAGCGGAACAACCAACAGCGCAGCAAUGCUGCAUAGAAGCCACGCCUUCAAAGCCCGCACUGGCCAAUCCCUGCUGACGUCUAGCUCCUCACUGUCAGAGGACUCGGGCACGGAGGGAGGAGCAGGCGGAUAUGGGGAGAGUCACAUAGACGGAGGCGUCCUAGCCAGACCGAACCACCUCCCUGUGAAGAGCGAGAAGGGGGAGCCGCAGGGAGGAGAGCGGGCGGAGGUGAAGGCCGGCCACGCGGCGUGGGCUCAGCCCUGCGGCAGCCCGGAAAAACAGUUCCCCAAAACCUCCUCGUCGUCUUCCUCCUCAGACCGUGUCGCUCCCUCGUCCUCCUCCUCUUCCUCCCACCUCUCCUCCUCCUCUUCCUCCUCCUCAUCCACUCCCGUUAGGACUGCCCUGAGUUUCACCAACCCCUUGCACUCCGAUAACUCGGAUGAGGAGGGGGAUGGAGAGAUGUCCGGAGGAAAGGCAGCUUAUCGUACUAAUGUAUCCACCGUGACGGCCAUGGUAACCGCGCCUCCUCACCACGGAGAGCAGCAGCUGGUCCGGAAGGUGUCGCCCAUGUCCAUCGCAGGGCAGAGCACGCCGUCACCCUCUGGAAACACAGCAAACUGCUUGGACAGCGAUGACUCCCCUCCCCCCCUCCCUGCGAGAACCCCUGAGUCCUUCAUACUGGCCACAGACCCUCUGGAGGUGACAAGGUCAGCCUCAGCUGACUGGAGCGGUUCAUAUAAAGAUGUGUCCGAGUGUGUUAAGAAGACUUCUCCAGCUGACCCUGCAUCUGCUGGCACUGCAGCAACAGACAGCAAGGCAGACCUGGAGCACUCUACCAAGGACAAGGCGAAAGAGAGAGACCAGGAGGAGAGGGAGAAGAAGAAGGUGAAAGACAGAGAGAAAGAGAAGGAGAAGAAGAAGCACAAAGUGAUCAACGAGAUCAAGAGGGAGAACGGUGAAGUCAAGCAGCCCAUUAAAGAUGAAAAAGAGAAGGCCAAGAUCAACUCAGAGGAGCUGCAAAUCAAAAAAGUGAAGAAGAAAAAGAAGAAGAAACACAAAGAGGGGGAGAAACACAAACGAGUGAAGAUGUACCACCGCUCCUGCCAAACCAUUUGUGCUGGCCUUCUUCUCCUCCCUCCUUCCUCUCCACCCCCCACCUCCUCUUCUCCAUCCUCCAAUCCCACACACAACUCCUCCCUGUCUCCAUUCAAGUCCCCUCUACCCGUUUAUCCUCCACCUAACAACAAAACUGCACAUGUCUUGCCUUCGUCCCCUCCCCUUGCCUCCAAAUCUGUCUUUAACUCCUCUCUCCUCAACUCUCCGACGUCCUCCAUCAAGGCCUCUCAACCUUCCCCGGCCAAACACCAGCCGCAGUGCACCUAUCCUGGCAUGGCGGGCCUGGAGUUUGCCCCGUACAUCCACAUAGAGAACCAGCCUAACGGAGGGGCCUUGGUGGCUCACGCCUACACGUCCCAGCUGUCCUCUCUCUCCAUGGGCCAGAGGCAGAGAUUCGCCCAGGAGUUCGUCACCUUGUCUUUCAGCGAGGACUCAUCCCAGGCAGCUCAUUACGUCAUGGGAAUUGUCCACGGAGAAGCGAGCUACCUGCCUGACUUCUUGGACUACUUCUCAAAUAAGUUCCCAUCAGCUCCAGUCAAAAUGGAAAUACUGGGAAAGAAGGACAUAGAAACCACCACUAUGUCAAAUUUCUACUCUCAGGUGAAGAAAACCUACAGUAACGGCACAUACAGAGCCGGGGCCAUGAGACAGAUCAGCCUGGUGGGAGCCGUGGACGAGGAGGUCGGGGAUUAUUUCCCAGAAUUCCUCAGCAUGUUGGAGGAUUCACCCUUCCUGAAGCGGACUCUUCCAUGGGGAACGUUCUCCAGUCUGAGGCUGAUGAAUCCCACAGAGAGUGACGACGGUCCUAUAAUGUGGGUCAGACCGGGAGAGCAGAUGAUACCUGUAGCUGAUAUACCAAAGUCCCCUUUUAAGAGAAAACGCUCCACCAACGAAGUGAAGAACCUGCUACAGUCGCUGCCCAGGACCAGCGAACCCAGAGAGAUGCUGUUUGAGGACCGGACUCGGGCCCACGCUGAUCACAUCGGCCAGGGCUUCGAACGUCAGACCACAGCAGCCGUGGGGGUGCUGAAGGCUGUAGGGUCCGGACAAAGCUCGGAGCCUCCUCGUGUAACCAAAGACGUUGUGUGUUUCCAUGCUGGGGAUUUCUCUCAUGUAGUUCAGAGGCUGCAGUUGGACCUACACGAACCUCCGCUGUCUCAGUGCGUGAAGUGGGUGGAUGAUGCCAAACUAAACCAGCUGCGUCGUGAGGGCAUCCGCUACGCUCGCAUCCGCCUGUGCCACGACGACAUCUAUUUCAUCCCGCGCAAUGUGGUCCACCAGUUCAAGACGGUGUCAUCUGUCUGCAGCCUGGCAUGGCACAUCCGCUUAAAACAAUACCACCAUGGAGAGGAGGAGGAGGAGGAGGGGGGGGUGAAGGAAGAGGAGGAGCAGGUUGAGUUGAAGGAGAGGGAAACAGUGGAGGAGGAAGAAGAGGGAAGGAGAGAAAAGAAGGGUAAAGUGAAGGAGAGGAUGAAGAAGGAGGAGGAGGAGGUGGAUUUGGCAGAAAACAGGACGUUGCCUGCUGUCAAAAAGGAGGAACAGCAUCCACCUGUUUCGUCUCAGCCUGCUCCCUCACUGGACUCGAACGUGAGCAAUGCUAGAGACAAAGAGGAGGAGAGGGAGAGAGUAAAAGAAAGGGGGAAAACCAAACAGCAGGUUUCACCUCCCGCAAAGGUGAAAGCAGAACUCCCAGCGCCUCCUCGCUGCAAGAAUGAAUCACCUUCACCUCUCCCUCCUGCCUCUCAUCUUCUUCACCAGGACACAAAACCCAAAACAGCAUCAUCAAAGCACCUUCAUCACCACGGCCAUCACCAUCAUUGGGACAGCAGGACGAAAUCUUCCAGUGCAAGUUUCUCCUCUUCAGCUCCUAAAUCACCCAUCCUCAAAUCUUCCUCUUCUUCGUCACCUUCAGCUGUUACUCCUUUGCGCUCUUCUUUUGCUGAUCUCAAUCCAUCCUCUACUUCUUCUCCAUCUCCUGUUCUGUCCACAUCUUCCUCCGCGUCCACCUCCGCUAAAUCUUCCCUGACCAGUACCAAGCCCGCGGCAGACUUCUCACUCCCCCCGUCCGCCCUGACUUCGGCGUCCCAGCUGCCUUCCUCCUCGCAGUCAGACCCACCAAAGGACAAAGACUCACUCCGGCCAAAGCCAGACGCGCAGGCGCGGUCGGAGUUUCGGGCGCCACAUGGGUCGCCCGGCGUGGACACGCAAACACACACAGACACACGGACGCACGCAGUAGCUCGGACGCCGACAGACUCGCGGACACAAACGCUCCAAGAGAGAUGGACUCGCAGCACGGACCCCAGGACGCCUACGGAUCCGCAGAUGCAUCCGCCACAGGACACGGGGAGGCAAGGAGUUUACAUGCAGCAAUACCCAGCCCAGCACCUCCCACCUCCUCACCUCCCUCACAUGCUCCCCCCCUCUUUCCCCUCUCUCCUGCCGCACUCCCAUCUUUCUCACAGACCUCCAAUCCUGCCUCCAAAUCAACUCUCCACCCCCUCUUUCCUCAGUCAGAAAGCGCCACCCCAUUCGGUUCACAUGAACCAGCUUCACCUGCAUCCCCCACAUCAGCCAAACAUCACCACGCAGUCGCAGCCGUACUUCCAGCCUCCCCUAAUCACCUGCCCGUCUCAACCCAACACUCCCCUCACAAGCCCUCACUCUCUCCCACCUCACCUUUCCCACCACCACCAGUUCUCCCCGCACACCAAAACCUUCUUCCCCCCUCAGCAUCCCCACUUCCCCUCUCACCACUUCCUCCCCCCUCAGUCUUUCCUCCCUCAGUCGACCAGCUCCUACCUACAACCGCAAUACCAAACAUCAGCACCAGCGCAGGUUCAGCUCCCGCAGCCUUUCCCGCACCCGCCUCCUCCUCCUUCCUCCUCGCCACCUCCACUUCCUCCUUCUCUUCCGCCUCUUCCGCCCCCUCAGCCCCCUCAGCCUUCCCCUUCUGUCUUCUCCCCUCCGCCGAAGCAUGAAGAGGAACAGAAACAGAUUUUAUAGUAGUUUUUGUACAUAACAGGGUUUUUAAAUGUAAAUGUACAAGGAUUUAUUUUGGUUGCGUUGUUGUAAAAUGAUGUAAAAAGGAAAUAACGAGGACAACAGUGGAGUGUAUCGGUUUGUGCACCGUAUCGUAGUUUUUAACGCAGAGUUGGACUUUAUUUACCCCAGACAUCAUGACUGGACAGGUUUAGAUUGUACUGAUGCUUUAGAUGUGCUCGGGUUAAAAAUAUUGAGAAUUGAUUGCAUUUAUUGGUAGUUUUAUUUUUCUUCUUCCAAUUUCGACUUUAAAGAAGAUAAUAUUCAGGCUUAAGGUGUAAAUGAGCUACCUAGUCUGAGAAAACUGCUGUCUGGGUCUGUUUUUUUUUUUGUUUGUUUUUAAGUGAGCAUAACCCUCAAAUAUCAGAAUCUCUGUGAGCCAUCAGAGGUAGGAAGGAGGAAAAAAAGCAGACUUUGUGUCAGAUAUUUAUAUAAAAAAGGUCUUUUAUGAUGAUCUUUUUGUGAAACUUGCAGCUAAUGCUUCCAUUUUUGUGGCUUUUUUUUCCUAGUGUAUUCUUUGUGCCCAAGACUGUUUCUGGAGUAAUGAUGGGUCAAAUCAUGAUAUUAUACAAUACACUAUUGUGUUGACGUAAUAUUGCUACUUUUUCCUCUACUGUAUUGUAUGCAUCUUAAUCAAUACAGUAUAUUGCAGUACUUUAAUAUUGUAUUUUGAGCAAUAAUGCUCUGCAAUAAUAUGUUGAAUAGAAGUAUAAAUGCAUUCCCCAUUAUUGAUACGGUGACAGCAAGAGUCAGUAUUUUUUAAUUGAUAGAAAGCCAGUAAUGUCCUGUUGAAUCAUGUUCACUAAGAAGUCGACAGUCAUGAGGAGUGCUUAAAUGUAUUGAACAGGUAUCUACAUGAUAUUUCUAAUCAGUUUCAGUAUUGUCCAAGAAGAAUAUUAGUGCAGUUGUUAGUGCUACUAAACAAAAGGAAACUCCUGUGUCGGUUAUAAAUCACCAUACUAAGUUACAGCAUACAGUAGCACUGCACUGAAUCACACCAAACAAAGAGUGACAAUUUAAAGGAAUAGUUUGACAUUUUGGGAAACGCUUUUAUUUGUGGUCUCGACAAGACUUGGAUGAGAAGAUUGAUACCACUCUUAUGGCUGUAUGGUUAAUAUAAAGCUGGAGCUGCUAGCUGCUUAGCUUUGCAUAGCUUAGAUUAGCAUGAAGACAGGAAACACAGGAGUCUCGUCAUCUGCGCUCGUAGCCAGUGGAGACUCCCAUUAACUUACUGGUCCGGUUUCCUUCUGUUUCCAGUCUAUGUGCUGAGCUAAGCUAAUUGGCUUCAUAGUUUUGGUACACAUAUAACAGACAUAAACUGAAUAAGCAUAUUUUCCAAAAUGUCGAACUAUUCCUUUAAAGUGUUAGAACUAUCUUGGACCCGUAGCCCUCAACACCAGUGGUAGAGCUUUUAGUGUAAUUUUGCUGACUCUGCUUGAUGUGUACCAGGGUCUCCUAAUUUUGCCGGUCAGCCAAGGAACAAUUUGACCCAGCCAAGGCUGUUAUACAGAGUCAGAGUCUCAGGAAAGAAACAAAAACCAUUCAGGACACAUCUACAAAUAUAUUGGUCUCCUAAAAAAUCUAAAUCAUAGUUAAGGAUAUUAGGCUUUUAGGGUUAACAGUUCAGGGUCAUUCACAUAUGAUUAAAUGUGCAGCAUUAUAUUAGUACCUAUGCAGCUACAUUAAGAGCUCUCCAUGAGUUAACUUUAGAUCUAACAACAUCUGGAUGAGAACCACAGAAUACGCAGAGCAAUAUCAUACAGGUGCAGUAGCUCAAGACUUCCCGAACGUGAUUCAUUACAGCACUUUGAAACACAGAUACAUCAACCGCUGUUUAAAUCCUUUCCUUUGGGCCGUGAAUCCCAGAUUAUGUCAGAUUAUCAACAGGGCAAUUUCAAGUUCUUCCGAGACUAUUGCGUGAAUCAUUCAGGCUCCUCUAUGAAACAUUUUUCUUAUUCUUUAUGGACACGUGCUCUAAGGCAGACAGAACAUACACUGUUGAGAGCUCAUUCCCAAAGCACUAUUUAUCUAUUUACCUGAAGUCCAGUGUGGAGCAUCCUGUCUGUUAAAAUGUUUUAUUUAUCGACCAGGGACUGAAGUGACCUUGUGUGUUUUAAAAGUACAAUAAAUUAUUAUUUUUUUUGUUUUAGCGACAACUAUGAAGAGUACAUGUUUUCUCCAAAUGGUGAAUAUCAGAUUUAAGAGUCAGUCUCUUCUGUUAUAGUGCUCGUCCCACAGUUGUGGAACUUGUGAUGUUGAGGAUAAACUUGAUUUCUUUUUGUCAUUGAUUUUACUGUCAAUAUUGGAGUACAGCUCACUAAUGCUAAUGUAGCCCACAACGUUUCCCCAGUGCCUGUCCUUAACUGUGAACCACUAAAUGGUCCAGAGCCACGUAGAGAAGCAGUUCUGUCCUUUUAUUUAAAGGGGGUUUUUCAGGAGUCCCCGUUUAAGUGUUCACUGGAAAAUGAGAGCAAAGCCUUAAAUUGGUCUCUAAAGCAGCUGAAAACUCCCCAAAUACCUGAGGCGUGAGUUGGGAUGAGUCAAGUUUUGUGGCUCAGGGUUAGUCUCACCACCGCCCUGGAAAAUGUUGGAAAAUAAAAAGUGAACCUUCAGCUCUCUUCAGGACUUCAUUUCAGAGACAGAACCCUUCACUUUGUGGCUUUGGCGGAGAGCGAGGUGAUAAUUAAGCACUUGAUGCCAGUUACAAGCAGCUCUUUUUAUGCUUUUGGUUUUCAGAUGUUACAAAAACAACAAAAACCUGACAGGAACUUAACAUAUUUUUUGUAUAAAUGUGACAAAAUUAUAGUUGAAAACAAAACAAGACUAGCAUUGUUUUCACAGAGUUUAUUUAUCUCAAGGUUUUGGUUUGUUUUUUCUAUUUUGUUUCUGUGAUUUUUAACUGUCAGCACUGUAGUGUACAUAAGAAGUUUUGUAAAGAGGAAAAAAAAUUGUAGUGUGGUUUCUACUUUAAAUAUGAGCCUAGCUAAUAAAAGGUUCAGUGUAUGGAAAA